AUGGCUGCCGAUCCAAACAAGACAGAAAUACUAACUAUUUUCAAACGACUGAGAUCAAUUCCUACUAACAAGGUGUGUUUUGACUGCUCUGCAAAAAACCCUAGUUGGGCGAGCAUUCCAUAUGGUGUCUUCUUGUGUAUUGACUGCUCUGGAAGCCACCGCUCCCUUGGGGUACACCUCAGCUUUAUCAGAUCCACGGAGUUAGAUUCCAACUGGAACUGGUUUCAACUUAGAUGCAUGCAGGUUGGAGGCAAUGCCAAUGCAACUGGAUUUUUCCGCCAGCACGGGUGUUCCACAAACGACACCAAUGCCAAGUAUAACAGCCGUGCAGCGCAAAUGUACAGGGAGAAGAUUCGACAGCAAGCGAAUGCUGCACUGUCAAAAUAUGGGACAGAUCUAUGCAUCGACUCUUCGGUGGGAGGCACUGCAGCAGCUCCUGAAAAGAAAGAGCCAGACUUUUUCGCAGAACACACGCAGGUAGUUUUCUCGUGGAAUUGCAGCAGCCCAUCUCGCUCUCUCCUCUCCAAUGAGGAAAAUGUGACGAAGAGAGCCGCAAAAUCGAACCCGGAAGUUUCGGAAAACACUCAUACAGAGCCUGAGGAAGGACCGAGCAUCGACGGUUUGAGCACAUCACCCAAAGCCAUGAUGGAGGUGAAGCCAUCCAUUAUUGGAAAGAAGAAGCCAAUGGCUGCCAAAAAAGGGCUUGGGGCAAAGAAAGGCCUGGGUGCCCAGAAGGUGAGCAGCAAGAGUUUUUCAGAGGUGGAGAAACAAGCCCAAGUGGCCGAGAAACUCCGAGAGGAGCAGGCAGCCGAGGCCAAAAAGCAAGCAGAGGAGUCUAUUGUGGCUUCUAUGCGUUUGGCCUACAAAGAGCUGGAGAUUGAUAGGAAGCUGGAGGAAAAGAAGCUCAAAAACUUGGAGGGAAAGAAGAGGGAGCAGGCCGAGAGGCUGGGCAUGGGCUUCGGGAACAGGAGUGCUGUAUCACAUUCAGUGAUGUCUGAGAUGCAGGUGAUUGAGCAGGAAACCCCAGUGGGAGCCAAGACCUCGUCUCGUUCCAAACUGGAUAUGUUUGAUGAGUCCGGUUUCACCUCUGGACCUCCGAAAUACAAGGACAACCCAUUCACAGUGGGGGACAGUUUUGGAUCCCGGUGGGAUACGGAUGGGGGGACCGCCUCUUUUAGCACCGCCUGGGCUCUGGAGAAAGAGGAACCCAAAGAGGAAGUCACCAUCUCCAGUAUUCAGCCAAUAGGAGAGAGACUUCCUAGUAGAAGGAAAGCUGAGGUGUCCUCCCCAGUGUCAGAGUCGAGUGAGGCCAGGCAGAAGUUUGCCAACGCCAAGGCCAUUUCUUCAGAUAUGUUCUUUGGCCGUGAAAGCAACGCAGAGUAUGAAGCAAAGACUCGACUGGAAGGCAUGUCGGGAAGCACGUCCAUCAGUUCAGCUGAUCUGUUUGGCGAUGGCAGUGAUCAUAAAGCACGCUCAGCAGGCUUUGACAGCGUCCUACCCACUGGUCCAGACAUCACCCAGUUCAAACAAGGAGUGAAGACUGUAGCAGGCAAAAUGGCCGUCCUUGCCAAUGGUGUCAUGAAUACUAUCCAGGAUCGCUACGGCUCCUACUGA